AUGGCGGUUUCAACUAUAGCUUUAUACGCGAGUCCACCGAGUAGUGUAUGUUCAACACCGCAUCCAUGUCAGAUUAAUACUCACGCUUCUUAUGAUUUCGAAUUAGGAUCUAGAUCUUCAUCACCGGCGUCGACGGCGACGGCAUCGACGUCGACGAAGCCGGUGAUGGGAGGUCUUUCGUUUUUAUUCUCAUCUCCGUCGGCGGUGAAACAUGUUCCGUUAACUUCAAGCUUUUCCGGCGGCGGUGAAGAUGAUGAAUUGAAGGAGCUGAGUAGUUCGUUUUCUUAUUCUCCGAACAAAUUCGGUGGAUCAUGGAAGAGGGAUCAUCAUCAGAUUCAGAGUCCAGUUUCUGUUUUUCAGUGUCCAGUUUCGUGCAGUAGUAGUAUGGGUACAUUUCGUCCGAUGAGGAGUGGUAGUGGUGGGUUAUUUGAUGGGUUUGUGAGGAGUGCUUUGGGUUCUUCUUGUUUGGAUUAUUUUGAUUCUGCUGGUGUUAAUGUUGUUCGCGGUGGUGUUGGGUUUGAUGGUAGUUCUUCUUCUGGAGUUGUUGAUGAGUUGACUUUUAAUUUGGAAGAUACUUUUGUGGAGCCUUGCUUUGGUUUUGAGUUUGAGCCUUAUGCUAAGAAGUUGUUGAUGAGUGCUCAGUUGAGACACAAGAUCUUUUGUGAAGAGUUUGUUAUUAAGGCUUUCUUUGAAGCUGAGAAAGCACAUAGAGGCCAGAUGAGAGCUAGUGGGGAUCCUUAUUUGCAGCAUUGUUUGGAAACUGCUGUGUUACUGGCUUUGAUUGGUGCGAAUUCGACUGUUGUAGUUGCAGGGCUUUUGCAUGAUACUCUUGACGAUGCAUUUCUCACUUACGAUUAUAUAUUUGGGACGUUUGGAGCUGGCGUUGCUGAUUUAGUUGAAGGGGUUUCUAAACUGAGUCACUUAAGCAAGCUGGCUCGAGACAAUAAUACAGCUAGCAAAUCUGUUGAAGCUGACCGUUUGCAUACAAUGUUCCUUGCCAUGGCAGAUGCAAGAGCUGUCCUAAUUAAAUUGGCAGAUCGAUUACACAAUAUGAUGACUCUAGAUGCAUUACCGGUUGCCAAGCAGCAGAGAUUUGCAAAGGAGACUUUGGAGAUUUUUGCACCUUUGGCCAAUCGCUUAGGAAUAUCUAAUUGGAAGGAACAAUUAGAGAAUUUAUGUUUUAAGCAUCUCAACCCAGUGCAGCACAUGGAGCUUUCGUCAAAGCUUGUGGAAUCGUAUGAUGAUGCAAUGAUUGCUUCUGCAAUUGAGAGAUUAGAGCAAGCACUUAAAGAUGAAUGCAUAUCUUAUCAUGUGAUUUCUGGGCGGCAUAAGAGCUUGUAUAGCAUUUAUUGCAAAAUGUUAAAGAAGAAACUAACCAUAGAUGAUAUCCAUGACAUUAAUGGGCUGCGCUUGAUUGUUGAGAAGGAGGAAGACUGUUACAAAGCCUUAAAAGUUGUUCACCAGUUAUGGUCCGAGGUACCUGGAAAACUGAAAGACUACAUAUGUUGCCCCAAGUUCAAUGGGUAUCAAUCUCUCCACACUGUGGUGAUGGGUGAAGGCAAGGUUCCCCUCGAAGUACAAGUUCGAACAAAAGAUAUGCAUUUACAAGCUGAAUUUGGAUUUGCAGCUCAUUGGAGGUACAAGGAAGAUCACUGUCAGCAUUCUUCUUAUGUGCUUCAGAUGGUUGAGUGGGCUCGAUGGGUUGUCACCUGGCAGUGUGAAACAAUGAGCAAAGAUUCUACUUCUGUUGGAUAUGUCGAUUCAAUCAAGCCACCUUGCAAGUUCCCUUCGCAUGCUGAGAAUUGUCCAUAUUCUUACAAGCCUGAUUGUGGGCAGGAUGGGCCUGUGUUUGUUAUCAUGAUUGAGAACGAUAAGAUGUCUGUCCAAGAAUUUUGUGCAAACUCAACAGUUCUGGAUUUGUUGGAGAGAGCCGGGCGUGCAAGCUCUAGGUUGACAACUUAUAGGUUCCCUCUGAAGGAAGAAUUGAGGCCAAGAUUGAAUCACAAGGCUGUAAGUGAUCCAAAUUGCAAGUUGAAGAUGGGAGAUGUGGUCGAGCUUACACCGGCCAUACCUGACAAGUCUCUGACUGAAUAUAGGGAAGAAAUCCAGCGAAUGUAUGAUCGCGGGCUAACUGUAUCAAGCAUGGGAACUCCUGCUACUGCAAGCAGCAUGGUUGGAACUAGUUGACCCUUGUUUGCCGUUCACAACAUCUAUUCCAACAUUUUAUUUAGUCACAGUUAUGUAUAUAGAUAAAUCUGUACAGAUCAAAAAUAUGUUGUACUAUUAUGAACUUGCUAACUUGAUUCAAUUAUGUGCUGAAUGAUUUAUUUAUUUAGUUGGGCCAAUGGGUUUAAGUUCUAUUUUGA